AUGGAAUCUUUUCCCAAACUCGCUGCGCAAACAACCAAGACACACUGGGGCAAUGCUACCGAAAUUUCUCAUGUAAUUAGGGAUGAGCCCUCUCGACUUGUGGCAGAAUUCGGUCCUAGAGAAGAACUAAAAUCGUGGCUAGAUGCCAUAUUUGGACCCUCGAAGUCAUGCACAGUUCCUACUGCUGUGACUGUCGAGUUAUGA